CCCUCCAGGAUUGCCCUUGCUAAGCCUUAGAUUGGGGUGCCUACAGUGAACCUGAGCAUCCACAAGGUACUCAGAAAGGACUCCAGACCCACUUCCAUCUAGGCUUUAUUCUCAGUAUAUGCAAUGCUUUGCUAUGGGAAUGAGUAAAAGAGGAGCUGAAGGAAAAUGCAUAGGCCUAUGUUUGAUAACCUAUUAUGGCUUCCCUUCAUUCAUUGUAUUAGCUGGACAAACACAUGGCAACCUUCCCAAAGUGAGUGCUGUUAUUCCCAUGAUCCAGGUGAUCCAUGUGUCAGUUCUCCUAUAUGUGCCUGACUCUUUUCUUCUAACUCAUCCCUAGAUCAGUGCUAUCUUCUCCUUGGUCAGCUUGCCCUCUUCCAGGUGUCCCCACAUGAUGGAUACCACUUCACAUUUGUGGCCUGGAGGAGUCUGAGAGAGUCUUGUUCACAUUUAAGUUGUAUGAGAGCAGUCCUUUUCCACUAGUAAGCUCUUACAAAUACUACUCGGAAUGGGUUCACAAGUGCUGUUGUCAUCUUUUGGAAUCCUGGCGUGUCCAACUUGCAGCCUUAAAAAUGUAUGAACAACUCCAAGACAUCAGUAAAUACCCAUGGAACCUUUGGUUGUUUUGUUUAAUAAGCAUCAGCUAAAACAAAAGUAAAUGGAGGUCACUUCUCCCCAAGGAAAUAAAACUCUCCAGGACAGCAUAUUUUACUUCAAAAUUAUAUGGCAGGUUUUUUUCUUCUUUAGGUUCCAGAAACAUAUCCAUAUAUGGUCUACUUGUCAGGGACAGUAAAUAAUGAUGUAACAGAAAGGUCAGAUUUGUGUCAUUUAGCUACAGGAUGUUGAUGAAGUGAAGUUCUUCAGAUAAUGCAACAAAGAAGAACUUUAGGAUUGGUACAAGUUUCUGCUGUGCAUCUUCAAACAGGAAAUCUGAGAUUGGGAACAACUUAUAUUUUGGCUUGUAUUCGCUGAUCAUGGGGUGAUCCAGAAAUAAACUCCAGGCUUCAAAGCGAGCGUGUUUCAAAGCUGUCCUGCAGUUGAUCGAAACAUCCAGGCAAAGCAGGGAGACAAAUACCAGCGAGGAUUUUCUGAAUUAAGACUUAACCAAGGAGAUAACCCAUUUCAACACUUUUAUUACCCUUUUAUUUCAGAACAAAAAGGGUGUGGAGUCAUGUUGGCAGAGGUCUCCUGAACAUUCAUUAAAGCCCAGGCUCCCACAGAAGGCACUGCAACAGCUCAGAAGCACAGCAGCAAUGGAUUCAGUGCCACAAGGAUGCUGGCAAUGCGACUGAGGAGGAUACAGACGAGAGAUCUUUGUCCCAGCCUGCACAGGUGCAGGUUGCCCUCAGAGAGGAGCAGUUUCAUCUCCAUUCCUGCCUUCUCCAAGGAUUCAUUGUGCACCACCUCCAUUCGGAGCUUAAGAUCCUGCCCUCCCUGCUGACAGCUUUGUUUAGGUCUCUGAGUCACCGCUGGGGCCGGGUCCCUACAUUCAGGCACUGCAGUGCUGCAUGCUGCAGAUGAUGCUGGCUGCUCCUUCCAAGUGCAGCCGGUGGUUCCGCACACCCGCAGCUCACCGGUCACUACGAGAGUUCCUAGGCUGAGCCGCUGUGAAAGCAAAGAAUUAUAAAUAUGGCUGCGACGGCAGCAAACACUCAAAGACAAACGAUAGGCUGUGAGGAGUACAGUCUGUACAGUAGCCUGAGUGAAGAUGAGCUUAUAAAGAUGGCCAUCCAGCAGAGCUUGGAAGAGGACUCAGCGGGUCAGCCAGCGGCCCAGAGCCCCCAGAAGUCGCUGGUGGCCCGUGCUGGGGAGGUGGCCGCCCCAAGCCGUGCCAGCCCACACAACCCUCCCUACCGCAUCUACCCCUGGCAAAGAGAAACUGACCCUGUAGUGGCGGCAAUUAGGGAUGGAGAUGAAAAAGCAGUAUGCAACAUGAUGAAAUCAGGAAAAAACCUUUCUGUACCUAAUAAGGAUGGCUGGAUACCCCUCCACGAAGCUGCAUACUAUGGCCAAGUGGGCUGCCUGAGCCUGUUGCAAAAAGCAUACCCAGGCACCAUCGACCAGCGCACCCUCAAUGAGGAGACAGCUCUCUACCUGGCCACCAGCCGGGGCAACCUGGACUGCCUGCUCACCCUGCUGCAGGCUGGGGCUGAGCCCGACAUCUCCAACAAGGCCAGAGAAACGCCGCUCUACAAAGCUUGUGAGCGCAAGAAUGCAGAGGCUGCAAGACUCCUGGUGCAGUACAAUGCAGAUACCAACCAUCGCUGCAAUCGAGGCUGGACUGCUCUCCAUGAGGCUGUCUCCCGAAAUGACCUGGAGAUCAUUGAUAUCCUUGUGAAAGGGGGUGCCAAGAUUGAGUCAGCAAAUGCCUAUGGGAUCACUUCUUUAUUUGUGGCAGCUGAGAGCGGGCAGCUGGAAGCUUUGAGAUACCUUGCACGAUGUGGUGCUGAUAUAAAUACACAAGCCAGUGAUAAUGCUUCUGCUCUUUAUGAAGCCUGUAAAAAUGGACAUGUGCCUAUUGUGGAGUUUCUUUUGUCCCAAGGAGCAGAUGCUAACAAAGCCAAUAAGGAUGGCCUGUUACCUCUUCACAUAGCAGCAAAAAAAGGCAUUUGCGAGAUUGUCUCCAUGUUGAUCCCUGUGACCAGCCGCACCCGUGUCAAGCGUAGUGGCAUCAGCCCCUUGCACUUAGCGGCUGAACGCAACAAUGACGAUAUCUUGGAAGAGCUGAUAGAUGCUGGCUACGAGGUCAACACUGCCCUCUCCGAGGAACGGUCCUGCCUUUAUGAGGACAGACGCACCACCCCACUCUAUUUUGCUGUUUUUAACAACAAUAUCUACGCCACAGAGCUGCUGCUGCAAGCCGGAGCCAACCCCAAUGUUGACCUCAUUAACCCAUUACUCAUCUCCAUCCGCCAUGGCUGCCUGAAGACCAUGAAACUGCUUCUUGACCAUGGGGCAAACAUUGAUGCCUACAUAUCAAGUCAUCCCACCACAUUUCCAGCUACCAUCAUGUUUUCAAUGAAGUACCUUUCUGUGCUGAAAUAUCUCCUGGAUCUGGGCUGUGACGCAGGUUCCUGUUUUGAGUGUCAGUACGGAAAUGGCCCACACCCUGCAUUAAAUUACAGGCGGGAAAGACUUAAUGAUCCUCAGGUGACCAGGGAGCCAACUGUAGUACAGUUUUGUGAAAUGGUGUCUACUCCAGAGAUAAGUCGUUGGGCUGGGCCGAUCAUCGAUGUUCUUCUGGAUUAUGUGGGUAAUGUGCAGCUCUGUUCCCGGCUCAAGGAGCAUAUUGACAGCUAUGAGGACUGGGCUGUCAUUAAAGAAAAAGCAGAACCUCCACGACCUCUUUCCCAUCUUUGCCGCAUCAAGGUUCGGAGCCUGGUUGGAAGAAACCGCAUUAAACUCCUUGACACACUGCCUCUGCCAGACAGACUGAUCCGGUACUUACAGCACGAUUACUCACAGUGACCCCAAGCACGCUGGAUAUGCAGCAGCUUCCCGGCGUGGCACCCGGCGUCACCACCGUGGCACAGGUGCACACUGGGGAGGAGUUGCUGCUGGCUUGGUCAAGCACCCUCACAUGACUAGUCUAAGAGAAAUGUGCUUUUGAAGCGUGAGUGAGAAGGAAAUGGAGGAGACAGCUAACAUUGGAGACUGCUGUUAAGUUCUUCAAGAGAAAACACACACAAUUCACCUCAGACCUUAGUCUGCAAAGAAGAAGAAAUGAAAGCCAACACUGACAAAUGAGUAGUGCUGAAACAAAUAUCAGUGAGGAACACAAAAGUGUCAGGAAGCUGCGGUGGAGUGUAGCAUCCUUGCCAUGGUCACAGCUCAGAACUUAUCAAGAAUCAAUGUAUUUGGGAAAACAAUCACAUUACCUUCACUGACUGAGAUUUAUAUUGUAGUUUCUAUUCUAUUGUUUGGAUUUCUGCUAAGUGUGUUGGUUGUUAAUUCUCUGAUAUUUUGACACCACCUUGCUAACAUUUUUACUUCAUUUUCUAUACCUUCCUUAUUGAGUACUUGACUUCUGAACAUUCAAAUCUCAGAACUCUUUAAUAGACUAAAAUCCAGAAAUGCUGAACCUUUUAAAAGUCAAGGAAAGUUUUAUUUAAGGAGGAGGAAGAAUUAUAUUUGCACAUAGUGAAUACAGUUCAUUUUGUAUUAUAUUUGCAAUAGGAAGUAAGUGAAAUUUUGCUUGAGAGAAUUUCCUAGACUGGAGAUUUGAAAGGAACCCUAAGCCCCUAAGCUCUUGUUUGUUUUUUUUUUUUUUUUUUUUUUUUGGGCGUGUGUGUGUGUGUGUAAAUUAGAAGUGGCUGCACUGUAAACAGUAGGUUUAUGCUUUCAUGAAGCUAGUGUCAGAAAAGAACAAAGCCCUAGAGGAGUAGGAACAGAGAGUGAUGUGAAGGAGAGAGGCAACACUGCUGAACCAACUUAUUCUCUUCCUCUCCCAGAAGAUCUUGUCUCUCCAAAACCCUCUCCAACCUCCUUGAACCUCCGUGGCUGUAACAAUACCAUGAUUGAAAGUAAGAGAAAUCAUUUCAAAAUUAUUGAAUUCAAACUGCAAAAUUUAUGGAGUGAAUACCCAAAAUUAGGUUUCCAAAUCCUUAUUCAGGUGCCUAAACAAUGCCAAGUUGCUUGCAGGUGUUGUUCCACUUAAACCAAAGGAAUCAUAUUCAGUAUCAGAUAUUACUGAGGCAGAAUAAAUAUCUCAGAAUUUAGCUCUGAAUUUUCUGACUUUGGAAGUCUGAAGUAUCUAUUAGCUUCCUUUGACACUGAUGAAAGUUAUUAUCUCAGCUUCUUUGAAAAUUAGGUCACCUAUUUACAGCUCAGAUCCACAACUGAUUUAUGGCAGCUUAACAAGUCACCAUCUAUCUGCUGAACCACUAUAAUUGUCCGUGAAAUUCUUUUAUUGACGUUUUUAACAAGUCGCAUUCCCUCACAGCUGGGGAGGCCAAGGAGACCAUGAACAGUUAUUGGCAGUGACUACAGAUCACUUCACAGGUGUGACUGGCUGAACUGCUUUGAUGAGUGCUUUAUUCCCCACUAGGCACCUAUGAAAGAAUGGAAGAAACUAAAUUUGGAACUACAUCUUUGAAGAUCUUAUGCUAGAAGCACACUCCUUACCUUAGGUGACAGAGGAGCUGUGCACCAUGCUCUGCUUGGAGUCCCCACCAGAGACCUUACAGAUCUGGUUUUGUUUGUCUGCAUAGCUUCCAUGAUAGAAAUCUAAGUAGGGAAAAUACAUUGCACUAAGUUUUAUUUGUGUGGAGUUUUAUACCUUAACACAGGACUAAAGUGUGUUGCACAAAUAUAAGUAAUACAAUCUGUCUGGGCACACAGACUGUGAUGACUUUGUGUGAAAUGUGUUCAUCACUCGUGUGACAGGAUGUGAGUAGAAAAAGGAUUGCUUACACUGUCCAUUGCUGUCCCCUUUAUAAAUGCAAAAAUUGAAAAACCAACUGAGUUUCAAUUCACACUGAACACUGAUCUUCUUGUAAAGCUUUGGAAAUUUAGGUGAGAUUCCUCCACUGGUGAAGUUUCAUCCAGUAAUUUUCUUUACUACCAGUUUAGGAUCUAUUUGCUUGUCUCCUGCAGUGUGAACAGGGAAUUGGUUCAGGUUAGAAAAAUAUUGGGUGGAUAGAAAAGAAUGGGGAGCAAGAAAUCACUAUAUCAGUUCUGCCAGUGAACUAUUUACUACCUCUCCACUCCAGUCACUGACAUACUAUUUUGUGCACAAUACUGAAUCUGCACAAAUUCAGUGUGCCUUUAAUGCAUCUAUAUACAAGUUACUGUGAAAAGAAAAAUACUCCAAAACCCAGGCAAGCCAAGCUUGUAAGCAGAUCAGUAAUUCUAGUGCAAGGUAAAGUGGCUUGUUUCACUGAGUGUGAUAGUUAGAUUCCUCCAGAGACAAUGACUUUAUGUGAAAUGUUCUAGGAAUAUUUCUUUAACAGGUUACUGUACUUUUUUUUACUGCAACAUGUGCAAUUCACUUGAUGUUCUUGUGCACUUUUGAUUUUUUUUAUUUCAUUUUGUAUGAAAGUGUUUUCAUUUACCUCCCCCUCCCCAUUAUUUAUAAAAGCUAUUGUGUUUUUAAAAAUUUAAAUCUACACUGUUCUAGUAAAUAGCAGCUCUCAAAUGUUAUGUUUCCAUCUUUCAAACAAAGUAUGAAUAAACAAGCAGAUUCUUAAGGACUAUCAGCUGUCCUGAAUAGCAACAUCAACCAUUGACCAGCCAAACACAAAAAUAUCCAGGAAAAUGCUGAAUAUAUCCAAGCUUGAACAAUUAAUAAUUCCAUUGUUAACCUCAGGGAUCAGAGAACAAUAAGUAUUGCUAGAGAGGAGGCAGAGUUGCUAUUAUUUGCAAACCUUUUGGAAAGUCUCACACAUCCCCAUUCAGGGAUUUUGAAUAUACUUAACAAUUGUCUUCUGUUCAUUUGUGUUUUACUUCACUGCUGCCCCAGUUCAAAGCCCCAGCAAGGGCCACUGCCUGCCUUGGGCUGGGGUGGGGGGGAAUUUCCAUGUCACAAAGCAUUUUGAAAAGGUAACAUUAGUUUAAAUCUGAGUGUAGGAGCAUAAAUAUUUGAGUCAGAGGUCAUUUAGAAUGGUCUUUUUUUCAAUCCUUCAUCAUAACUUUAAAACACACUAUUCUACUACAUGGAAAAUGUGCAGCAGUAUACAUUCAAAUGAAAAAUAGUUUAAAAGAAGGAAAAAAGAAAACUAGGAGUUUCGUAUUCAAAAGAUAGAAACUUGGUUUUAACUCUCUUCUUCCUCUGGAUUUCUUCAGAAAUAAAAUUUAUACAGAGGCUAUCCACUUUGCCAAGUAUUUUAAUUUUUAUAGAAAUCCUUAUUCUGGUGUGAUCCACAGCACUUUGAAAUUUCCCUAAUGAACUCAAGGAGGAACACUUGAGCACAGCAACGACUGCAAUACCAGUAGUUCAUUCCAUGACCUGAUCUGGCCACCCAGAUGGAAAUCAAGACCAAUACCAAGGAGGCUGCUCCACAUUGAUAGUACUGAAACCGAGUUCAGCAUCUGGCUGCAUCUGGAUUACAUGACACAGAGCUAUUGAUGUGAGAAAAGCCCCCCAUUUUCAUGUAAAAAAAAUCCCUGCCUAAAGGUCUGUAAAUUAAAAGCCCUUGUUCUCCUACCUUUAA